AUGAUGGGGUAUGUUCAUUUGGUCUUCCUAUCUAUGUUCCUCUUGGUUUCCAUGACAUCCGAAACAUUCGAUGCAAUGGAAGGUGAGGCUUUAGUUAUAAAAUGUCCCCAAUGGAGUUCAUCUGUGAAAGUCACCUGGUAUCACACGGAUACUAACAAAGUAAUUCCUGCAGAAGAAGAGGGAUCACGAAUAUUUUCCUUAAAACGAUUUCUUUGGUUUCUGCCAACUUCUAGAGAGGAUUCGGGAAACUACACUUGUGUUAUACAUUUUUCAAAUAACAGCACAAAGUCGUUCAACAUGAGUGUGCAGGUUCAUCCAUACAAGCAAGGAGUCUGUUUCCCAAGUCAGAUUCGUUACCCAAAUGACACUGGAAGAGGAAAAAUUGUUUGUCCUACAAUUGACAAUUAUAAGAAUGCUACUAUCAUCCAGUGGUAUAAGGACUGCAAACCUCUUCAGGGAGAGAGAUACUUCAAGGAAGAAAAAUAUAUUUUUAUUAACAACCCAAGAAAGGAGGAUGAUGGUUAUUAUACUUGUCAAUUUAUCUACACUCAUAAAGGAAAUGUGUUUAAUGUAUCAGCCACAAGGAUUUUCAUAAGUAAGGCAAAACAUUCACCGCUACCUCUUCAAAUUUUAUUUCCAAAAGAUAAAAGUGUAAAAGAAGUGGAGCUUGGUGCUCCUUUGUCUCUGAAAUGUCAGGCCCGCCUGGGGAUUAAGAAACAGCCGAUAGCUGUUGUCACCUGGCAUGUGGAUAACAUCCCGGUGAAAUACUUAGAUUUUUCAAGAUUUCAUGAAAAAACUCAUUUUUUUGAAGGACGUGAGCAAGAAUAUUACGGAGAGACCACUUUGCAUAUUACUGAAAUAAAAGAGGAGGAUCUGCAGGCAAAUUUCAGAUGUGUAGUGGUGAACGAAAUGCACAACACAAAGGCCACGGUGACGUUACAACUCAAAGCACAAUUGGGUCUUCCUAACGUCCUCUUGAUUGUAGGAUCUCUAGUUCUGCUAGUUGCAACAGCAGUCUCUGUUAUACUUUAUCAGUCCUUCCGAGUUGAUAUCGUCCUAUUGUACCGGGAGAUAUUUCAGCCCUACUCAGCCAAGGAUGAUGGGAAGAUAUAUGAUGCGUAUGUUAUCUACCCCAGAAGCCACACCAAUGAAGCUAAUUUUGUGGAAUAUUUUGUUUACCAAAUCAUGCCAGAUAUUCUAGAAAAUAAAUGUGGAUAUAAACUGUGUAUUUAUGGGAGAGAUAUAUAUCCCGGAGAAGAUACAGCCAGUGCAAUUGAGAAGAGGAUGCAGAAGAGCAGACGGCUGAUCAUCCUUCUAACACACCAGCUGAUUAAUUGUAAAGAACCUGCUUAUGAUCAACACAUUGCUUUAUACAAUGCCCUCAUUCAAAACGAUACAAAGGUGAUUCUGCUGGAAAUGGAGACAAUUGGGACUUAUGAGAAGCUUCAGGAAUCUCUUAGGUUUAUUAUUAAGCAGCAAGAUGAAAGUUCAGAAACUUGA